GGGGUUGUUUAACCCCUUAUGAGUUUCUGGUACUAAUAAGAGACUUGCCCGAAGAGGGAGUUUUCUUCAGAGUAUUUUACAGAAACCUUGCUUUGUUACAUCUUCGCGUUUUAUUAUUACCAUUUAUUGUAUUGUUGCAAAAUAAACAUACCACGCUUACUGAAACUGGUAAAAAUUUAAUAAGCGCCCAGCCUCGAAUAAGCGCCCAGCUCGAAUAAGCGCCCACUACCAAGGUCCAAAAAUUUAAUAAGCGCCGAGGGCGGUUAAUCGAAUAAAUACGGUAGGAAUGUUUGUCCCCAUUCUGCAGGAAUGUCGGGUAGCAAUUUUGAUUUUUACCUUCAGUUGUCAAACAAGUUUUCAUGUCAGUCUCGGAACCACUUCCACUGAUGUAACUAAAGCCCUUGGUUACCAAUGCAAACUUCCCAUCUUGCAUCUGUGCAAGUACAAUGGAAAUUUGCACGUUAUCUAGAACUCCAGUUACCUUAGGAGUCCCGCUAUAGGUCAUUUUGAGUUUACGACUGGGCCCAACUGCACCGUGGGAUUAUCUUAGGAGUCUGAUUUUCCCCCAGUUUUCUGCGCAACUUAGUAAUAACCAAUUAAAAAAAAAAACGUAAUAGCGCUACCAAAACAUUCCCAUAGCACAGUCAGUCAUUGAGCCAGUCUCGUGCUCAGCUUUAAAAUGGCCAUAACUUAUCCCAUUUUCCUUGGUUUCCUGUUUUUUUAGUCACCUGGCUAAUUUGCACCCGUUUAUCCUAAUGGUUGUUUUGGUUGUUAAAAACAAGAAGCGGGGACGGGGAUAAAUAUGGGAGUUUGUUAGAGUAGAGGGCGUGAGAGAAGGCGCAACGUAUCAUUUAUUUUUAUGAUAGCUACUAGAGAUAUCCUGUUAUAGAUGACCGACAUUUGUUUUCUUUUGUAGAGAUGACGAUCGUUACACACCGCUUUUUCAUGCCGCGUUGAUUGGGUGCCCUGCUACAGUUGAAACCCUUCUUCACUAUGGAGCGGAUAUCAACUGCCUGGAAAAAAAUCGAGUGCGUAGGAACCUGUGUACUUAAUAUGCGCAUAGAAUAUGCCGGAUAUGCUAGAUAUCAAACAUCUUGCAAUUCACGGUCUACGCUUUCUACAAAAAACUUUCACGAUACCGAAUUAAAUCCAGCUGCCAUUAAACAGGGCUAUAAUUUCAGGUGGAUUGAGAGGCAGCAAAAAAUAAAGAGAUCCCACAAAAGGGAAUGUAUUUUGGACGGAAAGCUGGCCAUGCCCGUGUUGAUGAGUCCAAAUUAGGGAGAUGGCUUCCCGGACUACUUUAUCUAACCAUCGACCGGUUAGCUCAGAUGGUCGGGUAGCUUAUCAGAGCGGAAGGUCAGGCCUCGAUUAGCGACCGAACUGAAUUUCGAAUGAAUCAUUGUGUCAUAUGUGUCUACUGCUAUUGGGCAGAUCUGUGCCCUGUAAGACUGGGUAUGUAAAAAAAAUGUUUGCCUGUCUCAGGUACAGUAUUCAUAAAGCUCCCAAAUACCUCUGUUGUGAUUGGCCUUCCAAAACAAACCUCAGCUAUUGUUUUCAGGGACAGGGACAUUUUUGCUCAUUCGUCUAUUGUUUCGUCAUGGAACCCUCUCAGGUACUGGCCUUAUUGCGGUGCUGGGUAGUAGCUUCUCGCAGCUCACAGACUGAUCCUUAGAGCGACAAAGAGAGAACCGCCAAUGCAUGUUAGCAUUAUACCUUAAAUUGUUUGUUUUUGUCUUAUCUCUUUUGUUAACGUGAUCAUUGCAGAAGCCUCCAGCAAUACUGGCGUCCUAUUUUGGAAAUUUGAGCGCUCUCAGAAAGCUUAUUCAGUGCGGAGCAGAUAUAGCACUCGUAUCAUCAACUGGGUUCAAUUGUUUGGAUGCAGCUAUCAAAUCUGGAAAUACAGACGUAUGCAUGGAAUUAGUGAAAAACAAAAAGUAGGAAUCUUAAACAUGUGUCUAUAGUCCCGUAAAACAGAACCAUAAGCACAAAAUUUUCGUCUUUAAAGAGCACAAACAACAUGAAAUUUAGUUUUGUUGAUGAAUGAUCUGCUCUUUUUAGUUUCACCAACCGGAUCAAAAGAUAGAGAACUAUUUUAUACUGGCAUAGUGAGGUAGUUCCACAAAAAAAUAUUGCCCAAAACUAACAUUUUCCAAGAACUCUAAAACAAAAGGUUUCAGGAAAGUUAAUGAAACUGUAAAAGGCAGGUUUUUAGUACUGAUCAAUGAACUGAGUUAGUUUCAAUGGACGCUCAUAAUUUGUUUUUUCCCAGAGGGGAUGAAAGCCUACUUGAAGGAAUAAUCAUGAUUCUACUCAAAAAAUCUAUGUCAAAAAGCAAAACUUUCAGCCUGUUGUUUACUUCCUUAAAUUUAUCUCAGACAGUAUCUUUGAUGAUUUUAAAGAGUCUUUUUGAUUGUUCGUAGAUGGCGGGAAAUGCUAAGCAACAUAAAGUUCGAGGGAGUGACUCCUAUGCGAAGACUCAUUGAAAAAUUCCCAGAAGUGGCUAAGGUAAAAAAAAAAGAGAGAGAGAUUUAUUCUUCUGAAGUUUUUCUUUCUUUGGGGCUUAUCUCGUUCAUUGUGUUUGUGAAAAAAAGAAAAUCCAAGAAAUAUUAUUAGAAGAACUUAUCUGUAGCGGGGCGAAAGGCAUGAGUGGAAUUAUAAUUAUCAAUCAAAUCAUUUGCUAUUUGGCCUAGAGAUAUUAGUAUAGAAAGAGAAUUGAAACGCAUUCGAUGGAAGAUCUUCGAACAGAGAAGAGAAUUGAAACGCAUUCGAUAUUACGCAUGCUAUGACUCUAAAGAAAUCGUUGUCAAAACAUCUGUGAUGAAAUGAAAGUCGCCCUCGGCUUGAUCACAUGAAAGCAAAAUUACCAAUAAUUAACGCCCCCUCGAAUAAAUGCGGCAUCCAAUCGAAAAAAUGAUCAGAAUAAUUCGGCACUACUUGAGAAUCUACACCAUUCAGAGAUUUACGAUUCUAUCGAACCAAAAUAAGGGAGACAUUUGAAAUUUUUGCUUUUCACAAAUGAUUCACUGUAACUAUUGUCAGUGAUUUAAGAAAUAUGAUUUAAAAAUAAACGCUCGCAUCAGAAACUCUCAAAAAUUUCAGUGAUAAACGCCGCGGCGUUUAAUCGAGUAAAAACAGUAAUCGAUUUAGAAAAAAAGGCUGUUUUUACCCAACUUUGCAAAGUUUUCUUUUCCUUGGUAAUAAUUAUCGCAUUUAUGAACAACUGGUAAUGUUUUUAACUGAGAUGAAACCUAUGUAUAUUUGAAGUAAAUGGUCGGGAUUUCAUUUUUUUUUUUCAGGUUGUCCUGGACAAAUGCAUUGAACGCUCACCACAUCUGGACACUGAUCCAAAUUACACGGUACGUUUUUACACUUUACAAGAAAGCUUACAUAAAUGUUCCAGCCACUGUACAGGGCAAUAAAAACAGUAACCUUUCGUUUUUGACGCUACGCCAAUUUACAUUUUUUUUUGUCUUCAGAUCACCUACGAUUUCUCUUUAAUUUUUCCUAAAGAAGGAGAGAAUAUCGAUAUAAACCAAGAAAGAUAUUGUGGCGCAAAGGUAGGAGGUUGAUAAAGGCUGGUUUUCACUUGUCUAGUGACGGAGUCGGAGUCGUGAGGCUAGGUCGUCAAGAGCGCUUAUGACUCAGUAAAAAUAAAAAAUCGGACUAUCAAGUGGGAUAAUAAGAGCAACAGAAUCAGAAUCGGAAGAACCAGAACGUUUCCAUUUUCUUCAAUUCGGACUCCGCUUAUGACACGGUCGUUUAUGAUCUAGUGAAAACCACAUUGCAGGAGUCGGAAGCAGAAGUGGAAGAAUACACCAAUCAUUAUGCUCAUUCCCGAGCUUUGUGAUUGGUUUACGGUUCUUCCGCUUCCGCUUGCGACUCAUUUUUCACUUGAUUGAAAACGAGUCGUUGUUUUCAAUGAUCGUAAAGUUCCACGCUUCUGAUUACGACUUCGACUGCGACUGACAAUCUGCCUUAAUAUUUUUUCUAUUGUUUGUAAGCAUUCCUAUCCCGUGCGAGGUCAGCUUUCAUCCGUUCACAAGAUAACAAAUCCAGAGAUUUAAAAAGGCAAUUCCACUCUUGAGAUAUAUUUGCAAAAUUGCUUUUUCGAGGCCCAUUUCAUCAGAUUCUGUGGGGUAACCUUUUUCCUAGCGAAACAAAAAGAGGACCUGAUCUUAGGUUACGUGCGCACGGAAGGCGAAUUCGGAUCGGAGGAAAAACAAUAUCCCCCUUCAAUCAAAAAUGGAUGCAUAUUCUUUUAACGGUCUUAAAAAGGGGCCUCAGUCACCCAUACACAUCACAGGGGAGACUGAAGCAUGGCGUGUCGUCACGCAGUUCCAAGAGUUCUAUCCAAAAUGACAAUCAUACUAAGGAGACUUGCGGCUCAGUGCAGUCAUUUUUGUUGUUUGAUCGAUUCGUGCAGUCGUCUAUUUGACAUUUACAUUUUUAGCUUUUUAGCUACAUGCCACCAGAUUGUCGGUGAAAAGUAUUUCAUUUAUUCAUUUUUUUAUUCAUUCAUUCAUGUUUGUAGACCAUGUUAGACUGGUGCCGCGAGGAUCUGCUUUUUCAUCCCCUGACCAGGGAAAUGGUUCGAAUGAAGUGGUACGUGCAAGUAUGUAGGCUGGGAAUCCCACUUUAAUAAGACAUUUCCUCAGUGUAUGUGGCUCAAUUUUUGCCAUGCCUUCGAGGGGAACAAAAUUACUGGUCUCGAAAUGUCUUCAUAACUGUGAAAUUCUCUCUUGCCACCGAGACCGUAAUGUCCUUUCUUUCCCUCCCCACUCCCCCCCCCCCCCCAAAAAAAAAACAUUGUACAUAGCCAUUAUUUCCAAUUUCUCCUGGGUAUUACAGUCAUCGCAAGAGAAAUCGAAGACACUGGUUUGCCAAAUUUUUAGGGGUAAACAAGGUACAUUAUGGUCUCGGUGAGAAGAGUGAAGUAUGAAUUUUGCGCAGUUGUUAAAAUGAAAUAACGGUAUCAACAAUAACCAUUAUGUAGCUCGUGCCUUUCUCAAGAAUUGCACCUUCGACGUUUUUAAAUCUGAAAAACCAGAUUAGACAAAUAAGGCUAUAACCACUCUAUACCGGGAUAGCUUUUUGUGCCGACACCAAAAGCUUUUCAAGUAACUUAUUGCGCUUGGAUAAUGUCACAAAUAAAAAAUAUAUAUAUAAAAUAAUACUAAUAAAUAAUAUCUAAAUAUUUCAUACAGUUUAACUUAUUAGGAAGUAAUAAAUGGUAUAUUUUUCUUAGGCGUCAUAUUGGUCUGACAGUGUUUUUCUUUGGUGCUCUGUUGUAUGGUAUUUUCUUGGGAUUGUUUUCCCACUAUUUAUACUGCGUUCACAGUAAAACAAACAGCUCCUUUGCUAACCAGCACACACAGAGCUAUGAUCCACAAAAGGUACGUAAUGCACACAUAUUUCGUUGGACACCUUAUGAAGUUUACACAACGUAGUAUUCUUUAUUGCUUCCUCAUUAUCUGUUCCAGGCUCUCGGACAGUAGGAAUGACGCGAAAAUGAAAGGCGCGCGAAAAUAUGAGUGCGAGAUCUGGGAAAAGGCGGCUGUGGUAGGAAAAAGGAAGAGAGCUACAAUAGACCCUAUUCUCGAUACCCGCCAUCUUUGCACGCGCUUAAGGACUGAUGGGAUAAAAGCAUGGAUAAUAGAAAGACUUUCUAUCAUCCAUGACGAAAGCAAUGUCACGUGGUAUUUAAGGGGGCAAACAAAAGAGAAAAUUUGCCACUGCGAGAAGCCGCACUCGACUUUAUUUAUUCUCUCAAAACGAAACGACGAUUUAAUGGUCUUGCAAAAUGUAAGUUUGAGUUUCGAAAAAAUUAACGUCAUUAUUGCUUGCUGUGAGGACAUCUACGGUCGCUGCUGCAUCCAAAAAAGAAAAAAAUGAUCACUUCCACCCAUAAUUUGCUAUUAUCGUAUUUAAUAGAAAAAUUUGUUCAUUUUCUUUUGUCAAGAAUAAACAAACUCGACCUCGAUUUCUUUUAUUGCAAAAAUUUAACACUUGUUUGCCCCCUGAGAAACCACGUGACAUUGCUUUUAUCCCAUGAGUCCUUAAGCGUGUGCGAAGAUGGUGGGUAUCGUGAAUAAGGUCUAUUGUAACUCCUUUCAUUUUUCCUUCCACAGCCUACAGGUCUAUUCGCUACAUUUUUGCCGGAAAUUUCGUAAGAGCCUCUCAUUAUUCAAGAUAUUGUCUCCAAGUUUCAUUUUCAAGUGAAUUGCAGUAACUAACGGUGCAUUUGAAAUAUGCAGAAAUGUUAAGCUAUUGCACCCUGAUUGCAGCCUUUUUUUAAGGAAAUUAUUCGACACUAGAUUCUCAUACCAACACUGUAAUUUCUCACGCGCUUGCCGUCUUGUCAAGAUGGUGUUCAAAACCGUGACAAGGUCUAUGGAAGCGUUUCGAAGCAAAACAUGAGCGCGAAAAGCUGUUUGCGUACGUACAGAAGAUGCAUUGCGUUUUUCAGAACAUUCUUUUUCCCCCAAAGUUGUAUUAUCAGGGCAGCACUAGGAAUAAAUUAUUAGUUGUUAAGGCUCAAGUAUCUGAAAAUGAAUUGCGUUGCUCUUUUAGAGUUGCAGAGAAGAAUUGUUGUACCCUGAAGAAAUUGUUAUUGCACUCUUUUGUUUGGCAAAUCUUGUGUUUGAAGUCUGGCAGUUGUACUAUGAGGUUAGUAUUAAACAAAAUUACCAAUUUACACUGAACCUGAUUUUGCUCGAAAAAUGGUGAAUAAAAUUCAUGGACAGCGGGACAUGCAUAUCUUUCAUGUCGUUAUAUUUUCUUGAACGGAAUCGUAAGUAGACGUCGGUUGUUCGCAACUUAAAAGUUACCCAAAAAAACCCAGUUAUGGGCCAAAUAAUUAGUCCUUGCCGCUUGAAGAGUUGCUACGCAGUUAUCCUUCUCACGCGCGGCCAGUUGUGCCCACUAAAAAUAUGCUAUUUUUGAGACGAAAGCCCCAUUCCCAUGUGAAGAAGGUAUUACCGUUUCUAUGACAAAGCUGGGAAGUAUGCUUGUCGUUAUACGUUUGCCAUGAGUACUGGUUCAGUCCUUAGGGAUCAUACCCGCGAACUUCCGCUCUGCCAAACAUCAUCCUAUAAGAUGAGCUACGGUUGACAUAAGACAUUGCAACUGGAGGAAACUUGUCCUUUUUAAAAGGCAUGACCUUUUUUGUGCUAGAGACACCAAAAUCGUUUUAAGAUGACUUUAACGUCUUGUAUGAAACGGUACGCAUUCAUAACGUCUGACGACUUUCACGUCUUCUGUUUAAAGUGCGUCGUCCAGACUCACUUAACAGAUGACUUUGACUUCUCAGACGGUAAAAGGGUUUAGUAUAUAAAAAUGGGAGGCCGUUAAUUGCGACGCAUUUAUGACGUGCAGAAUUAACAACAGGAAGCAGUCAGUGUUUUGUCUUUUUUGUUUAGGAACGACUUAAACGGCUCUCGCAUUAAAAAGGCAAAUUGAAAUUUUUCAUUUUUGUUGUUAUUGUUAUUGUUGUUGUUGCUAUUUUCAGCGCUGGAUGUACCUAGACAUGAUCAAUUUCUUUGAAGUGUCUACCUAUACAAUGACGCUCAUCACCAUUCUCCCUCCGACCGGAGGAAUUGAAAACACAACCCAGUGGGCUACAGGUGUCAUUGCGUUGCUUCUGGCCUAUGUAGCAUUUCUUGCCCAACUACAGCUGUAAGUCUCAUAUCUUGACGCACUUUAGGUUUUCCACUUUUCAAUUGGUUUUUUGCGUAAUGAUGAAGCAAAACAAGAAUUUUGCACGUGCAUCAAGCCUUUUUGUACAUUUCUCCAUUUCUUUGCCUUCACUGCACGACUACGACUUGAAAAUGCCUAAUUUUACGUUUUAUGGCGGACAUAAACAAGGGAGGACGAAUUUUUCUUUCUCUUUCUAAACUUAUGUGAGUCACCCCAAGAAAACAUCUCCAGGGAAAUUUGCCUGCAUUUGACAUUUUCAGCGAAUUGGAAUAAACGCGACAAAGUUUGAAACAAGGCGAAUUCAUUUUAAGAGUAACGCUUUCGCUGAAAGUGACGCUUUCGCUGCUGCACCUUUCUAAAUGUACAUAAACACGCAAUUGUCGCCAAACGCGGAAAAUAUACAUCUGGGCCGAGUUGUUCGAAGAAUGGUCGAGAUCACUGAUGAUAAUUUAUAUAUUCCGUAUUCACAAUUAACCCAGGAUUAAAACUGAGCUAAGAUUAAUAAAACAGGAAAAAAAAAGCACUACAUGCUAAAAAAGACGGGGUCUGAAGAUAUGCUGGAAAUAGUUGGUAGCAGCAGUUAAAAUUAUUACUGUUUGUUUUUUUCCUCAGACUCUUUUGUUCAGGGAUCUACGUUACAAUGCUUAUUGAAGUCUUAACAUCUGUGUUUAAGGUAUGCAAAGCAAAAUCGUACUCAUUUAUAUAGUGAAAAAUAGCAUAAUGAAUUUACAGACUCAUUAACAAAUUACCCUGGCGAAAAGUAAAAGGAAACACAAUCCUAAAUCUGUUUUAAUUAUCCGUUAUCCGGAGACACCUCAAAUUGGUUUAAAUCUAUUCGGUACUCCUUGAUGUCUGAAUCUUGGGUAAAACACUCACUGACUCACACUGGGAUACUUCGUUCUCCAGGUGAUAAUGGUGUUCUCAGUACUUUUUCUUGCGUACGGACUGAUUUUCUUCAUUCUCUUGGGAGACGAGGUGAGUGCAAUGUGAGGGCGUAUAUUACGCCUUUAAACCCCAGUAUCCACAUACAAAUUCUCCACACUAAACGUCGUGCAAUUAGUAACCUACCAGGCGAGAGACGGUCUAAGAAAUGACUGACAAAGCGACACAACCCCCCCUGCCCUUCCCCCUUGGAAGGCCUCAUUCCUAAGCGAUGAAAUCAUUGGCAAGAAGACGAUUGACUUUCGAGCCUGAACACUCCAACUGAGAAUAAAAUUUGUUAUAAUUUUAUACCCUUAUGCGAGACGACGAGCAUCCGCUCCUCCAUCCGAGCGUCACUUUCAUACAGAACCCCCGGGGCUAGACUCCUUUACUCUGAACCCUAUCCAUUUUUACCUAAGCUAAUCACUAUUCUCUUGUUUGUAGCUGUCGUACCAGAACCCGUACAUGUCUGUCCUAAAGGUGUUUGACAUGAUGGCUGGAGGAAUUGAGUUUAAUCAUUACUUUGUCGAGAAAGAGAUUCCCAUGCCAGACCUCGCUCGCUUUAUCUGCUUCACUUUCAUCAUUGUAAUGUCAAUCUCGCUCAUGAAUCUUCUGGUAAGCUCAUACUAAAUCAGGUUCAGGGUAAAAUACCAUCCUACGUUAAACUGGAUGUUUUACCCGCAGGAGUUUAGUCCACGUUCGCCUAAAAACAUACUCAGUCUUCGUUAUACGUCAACGCUCAACGAGAUCUUUUGAUCAGAGUUCAAAAAUCUUAGGAUCUCAGAGUAGGACGACAGAGGGGUUUUGUAUGGCUAGGAGAGGGAUCUUGAUAAGGCAAACAGGUUGCAGGUCAUGGAGACAAUGCUUCUCCCAUAUUAAAAGUAUUGAGAAAUGAUAUUUCCCGAGGCUGAAACACAUAAAACUGUCAGAACUGUGCUAAAGGUAUUACACCGGUGACGUCAGGGACAUAACACCGUCACGUGACACUAACACGCGUUUAUCUUUUUCAUGGUUAGUCUGACUCUAACCUCCUUCGCAGGGUUCUCUCCCACUAGUUGAACUUUAGCUAAGUCAAAUGUGCAGAUAGUCUCCUAAAGACAAUGGUUCCCAGUCUCCUAAGCUCGUUGCAGACCAUUUUUUCUACUGUAAAUCUUCCUUCCAAGCUGUCUGUCGAACUAUGACGCUCUGUUUCUUAAUAAAUAAUAAGAGUACUUUUUAGUUAAUAGCCUGCGCUGGUUUUGCAAGAGGUUUACCUAUAUAAAGAUUUUUUGCAUACUAAAGUAGAAAGUAAGCAGUGUUGGGAAAAGUUUACCCAGUGUAAUAACUGAAACUUAUUGCUACCAUUUUCUGUAGAUUGGUUUAGCCGUUGGAGACAUUGAAGCAGUUCAGAAGACCGCUGAACUUAAGCGCCUCAAAACUCAGGUGAAAAUCAGGCCUCAGUUUAGUUUAUUCAUCUCAAAUUAACAACAACAUGCUCAAAUCAAGAGUCGUCCCAUGACGAUUUAUAUACCUAAACUUCUCACUGCGUACAAAGGAGUGUGAGCUCUUUCUCUGUUGCUACGUGGAAACAUCUUUCUUUAGAGAUCUAUCAGUGAGCAGUACAAAUGUACACUUUUUUUUUUUUGAAGGUAGACGAUUUUUCUUGACUUAGAGAGUAAAGUUUUUGAAGCGUCCGGUUACUAUGAAUGGACCUUUCUUUAAAUAGUCUGUUCUUUUUGAAGAUAAAAUUCAUUGUUUUUUGUAUCAUUUCAGAGGUUCGUUUUAGUAAUUAUAAUCUCAUUCCUGCAAACGGAAAGAAGUCUUUCCGCUGAAAAAUCGGCUACAAUUUUUUUGUGUGGCUUAAAACAUAUGAAUGAACUUUCCAAUAAAUAUGAGUUGUAAAAAACUUCCACAGUAGGCACAAGAAAAGAAGAGCCUCUUGCAUUCAUGCUGAAAAGCUUAGCAUACUAGCCUUGGGUCCUUGAAUAUUAAAGAGUGAUUUUAACGACUAAUACAUACAUACCCUCAAACAAACUUUUCUAAGAUAUCUUUCUUUUAUCUAGCCCUUUUAUACGUCAAUGUAUUGUACGUUCUAAACUGUUGAACUAAAUUUUCUUUUUUUUUUUUUCAACAGAUAGAAUCAAUAUAUCAGUUCGAAGAAAAGUUGCCCAAGCGCUUCCUGAGAAAACUUUACGUGCCUCGCUUAGUUAUUCGGCCGAACUCAGGUUCCAAUACUUUCUUAAAGAAAUUAACGGUAAGAGCUUCUCAAUAACAGGGACCGCAGAGACCAUUUUAAAGUGGUAGGGCUAAAAGAUUUGACCAGUACAAAGAAAUAUUGAGGUCAAUAAUUUGCCAUUUAUCUUGCAUUUGCGCGCCAUCUUAUUUACAACCUCAACAAAUAUAACAUAAAGAUCCUCACCUGUUAUACCAUCCAAUAUAGCCAAUAUGUUGAAUAACCCUUCCGAAGAUCGCUACUUUUUGAAGUUGCCCGCACUGCCGAAGUUUCUCUUGCGGUUCUCAUCACGGGAAACAAACUCCUGUGCGACGUCAGCUAUAGAGAGACACUGUUUGUUCUUCGCUUGUGACCAUUCAACACUCGACUACUAGGUUGCUAAACAUUUCGUCACCCAUCCUAGAUCGAAGCCACGUCUUCAGACGCCGUGCAGAUGAGAUUGCUUGCCAGCAGGUAGAGGGAUUUACAGCAAGCAGCUAAGUUUGGACCUCCUGAAUUAGACUUUUUCUUUUCUGGUUCUGGAAACUUUAACACCGCCAACAGGAUUUCGUCAAAACAUGAUAUCUUCUCCUCCUUUAACAUAACUUCCAAAAUACUUAGCUGCCCAGGUAGCACCCCCGUGUAUCAACAUCUUCGCUGUACGAUGCUUCAAGAAACUUGAACUCUGCCUUAUAGUCGACACCAUAGCAGUUUUAACCAAGAGGGUCUCCAUCUGGGCGUAGGAGCUGAAGCUUUCCUGAUUAAAGCGCUGAUCGAUAGCACUGACGAUAAGAUCAAUAGCCUCAUAAAAGACCCUUCUAAAUUGAUCUUAGGUACUUUGAGGGUAGCUUGGUGCACCAGCACCAACCUUCAAUCUGGACGGAUGCAAUCGCUUUCUUGGAAGCGUUGGUUAGACAAGCAGGCCUUCACUCUUUCGGACAACAUUAGCAUAGAAAUGGCCAAAGCUCUGAUCAAUGCGCAUUUUUGUGAGCGUCUGCUUUGUUAGAGUCAGUGCCAGGCCUUGUCCACUGAUAGCAGCCAUCUUAGUACCCUCACAUCCUUAAAUAGAUUAUCGGUGUGGGAAUAAACCCGCUCUCCAAGAUGCAAACCAAAGAAAAAGUCAAAUCGUUCCAUUUGGGCCUCACAUUCUAUUAUCCUUGAGCGCACAUCGGGUUGUAAUCGUUCCAAACAAGCAAACAUUUUACUUUCCAUAAGAGCUGCGUAGUUCUCAAGAAUUCGUCAAAGACAACUGGCUCUAACCGUCAACCUUUUUAUGGCAAGUCCAAUAAUCUUACUGGAAUUUCUUCCACGUCAACUGGAGUCCUUUUAAAUAAAUCCCAGCAAUAAAAGUGGUCCUCCGCGGUCCCUGAAUUAAGAGACCGUAAAAUGUUCAAAAACCUAGCAGGAGUGUUUUAUCAAGUUUUUAAAAAAUAUAAAAGGGACGGUCAAGUUCUUUACACUUUAAUAAUAAAACAGGGAAUUUUUCUUUAAUUUCUUUCCAUUCUUCGGCGAUAAUCGCCGGGAUAGCCUUCGUAGGUGGCAGGACCAGAGUUGGCUAUUGCUUAUUGGCCGGCGAGAAAUCUCAAUUUAAGUCUUGCAAUUCUUCUCGCAGCUUUACAGCCUAAGGAAAAACAACGAAAGUACCCGUAGAAUGAGGCUAAAGCACGCCACAAAUCUGGUCAGCUACGCAAGCUAUCUUUAGUGUUUUGAUUAUUUUUUUCUCAAAACCCUCAAAAAAUUAAGACUCAACCGAGAAUCGAUGCCUGACCUUUGAAAAGACCUAACCAGACUUUCUGUCCAACUGAAUUUAUCAAAACAACUGGGGAGCUGGGGAAUUGUAAAUUCGUUGUACAUUUGAAAGUGGACCAAAACAAACCUAUAGGAUUUCAGUAAAACCAAUGUACGUCAGUUCUCGUUGACCGACCACCAGCGCUUUAUUUAGGCUGCUGAUAUUAUCUGUCAUUGAUCUGUAAUUUUUACUGACUCGACUAUAAGUAUGACCCUAGAACAAUGGACCUCUGCGCAUGUGUUUCAAAAGAAACUAAUUGGGAGCUAUAACAUGAAUUAAAUUUGUGUUUUAGUGGUAUUUAGGUAUGGUAGAUUAUGCACCAUGGCGGCUGACAGAAUCCAGUCAGUCUGACAAUGAAGACAAGAUGGCUGUCCUCCAGGAACAACUGAAAGAUCAUAAAGACUGGUAAACAGAAAGUUUGAAAUUGUAAUACAAUGUGAGGUAGCGGGAAGGCUAGGUGUUUAGACGACAGAUUUCAGCUAGGAGUCCGUCCUUAGUACUGCAUGCCCUCUGCUAUGACAACUCCUUUGCCCUGCUACCACGCACAUUUUGUUGCUGUUGAUCUUUUUCCCUUCCAGUUGUGACUCUUGUGGUUUUUUAAUCAUUGUAAUAGCGCUUUAAAAAACGUAGAAAUGCAGAAUAAUAACAGCUGACGCAACGUUAACUUAAGCUUUACUAAACAACUUCAGAAUAGACCUUGCCACGGCGCCAUUUUGACGAGCAGGCACGCAAAUCUUGUGGCGGUUACCAAGCUUCAUACAAAUCUCUUAAAAUUUCGGUCACGCGCUCCAUUCUACUAGCAAUUCUCAACGUCUUCUUUGACUUCAUCUCACUUGGAAAUUUUAGCUGUGUGGUAAAAAUUAUCCCGUCCUUCAUCAAAUAAGUCAGUUUUGGUGCAAUAGCACGUGGACCCUACGAUGCGUGCAAAACAUAACAAAGUUAGCCAAGUUAGUCAUAGGACGAGUGGGCGAGGCAUCCAAUCAGUAACUUGGCGCUUACUCUGAAGUCUUUCAAUUUGACCUGUUACCAUGCCUCCCGGGCAAAUCACCGGGGAUUUGCAGUUUUUUUCUUUCUUGGUGGUCUAUUCCCCAACCCCAGACACGCAGAGGGAGACAAUUCCCCACACCCGAGCUCCUGAUCAACCUCAUAUACGGUUUUUUGGAGUACAUCUUUUUGAGAGCAGUAGUAAUUUCCGUACAAUAGCAAAACGAGACGUUUUCAGAACUUUGAUAAACGUUUUCUGGAGUUAAUUGAGAGAAGGGAUAGAACACUAAAAAUUCUUGUAUCCGUUUUCAUAUACAGUCUUCAUUUAAGUUGUCUCAUUAUUAAACUAUAGCCUGAAGAAAUAUUUCUUUGUUUUUUUUUUUCCAUUCAAGUACCCACUUUGCACACAUUCGUUUGAAAUUUUAAAACUCACCUUCAAAUAGAAACUUCAAUUUUGAUAGGUUAUUCCUCUCCAAUCACUCUCCGAUAAAUUCCUGGGCUUUCCCUUUAACAUACGUGGUCUUGAGUUCCGCAGCUUCAUACAAACCGCGCGAGAAAUAACACGUACUUCGCAAUCAAAGAGAAGUUAUUUUUGAUUUGCCCCAUUACCUUCCCCCGGGACAGUACCGCUUCAAACAAUUCCCCAACCCGGGGCCCGAAGAGCUGGACUUGCCCCGGGGAUUGCCCGGGGUGGAUAGUAGCAGGUCAAAUUGAACCAUGCAUAAUGCUCGAUGUCGAGACCGCUUGGACAAUAAGAAGCCUCACCUUUUCCUCAAUCCGUCGAGCGAAACUCGCGAGAGAAUCUAACGCGAUAGCCUCACACGCGCCGACUUGGGGUUGACGCCCUUAUUUCACAAAAAUUUCACAAUUCUCGCAGCUUCCUCGCAGCUUCAAAGUUUUUUCCGAGGGUUAAUGAAACAGGCCUGCAGAGGGAUGGGUGGGAAUAACCUAACAGACACUUGAUAGAGUACAAAUGGUAAAAAAAUACAAAUGAAUGCUGAUACACUUUUCCUUGCUUAUUUUCUAAGUUUUUCUUAUGUUGAUCUUUUGUUUUUCAGCAUCACAUCGUUAAGGACGGAACUGUUUUCCCAAAGGGCAAUACUCGAAAGUAUCUCUAGUCAGUUAGGAGCCAGGACGAAUGAUGGAAGAAAUCUGCUGAACGACUUUUAGAUCACAGACUCCUGAAAGACCAGUUUCGUUUCCAAAGAUCAUUAGUAGGAGUUAUUUACUAGAAAGAACGCCGCAUCUUCCCAGCAACCAUACGUAGCCUGGGACUAGGCUCCGUAGUGGAGGAAAAAGACAAAAAACGGCCUGAAACAGUAAAAUAUUUAACAAUUAUUAUUCCACUAUUAUGUCUUUUUACCAUAUAUGGUCAAGAGAACAAGCAAAAUACGAGGCCUUAAUACACCGUAGUGUCCUGGUUUAACCGGUUUACAACAGGGCGAAUACCGGCGGAUGCAAAAGGAGCAACUGUGGCUGACAGAAUCAGGAUGUUUUGGAUACUCUCAUUAGAAAAUAGAAGCCAAAAUAUCAUUUUUCUUUUGCAGUAAAAUAAUUAACCUCUCAUUCAAUGGUUUGGCAUAUAAUACGGGCGAACACUUUGCUAAUUGUUAACGUCAUUUUCACAGACAGAAUCAGGAUGUCUCUGAAUACUCUUACCAAAAAAUCGAAGCCAAUUGCCAGAUAAUUUUUUUUGUAGUGGAAU